AUGGCUUCUGCAGAUGUGGAGAGAUAGUGGAUACAAGAGCUUCUGCAAAAGCCAGGCCUUUCUGCCUCUGAUGGUUUAACUCCAGCACCAAAUAACCCUCUCAAAGCUGCUUAUUCACUCCCCUCCAGUGAGAUGGGGAAGAGAAUCAGAAGGAAAUCACGGAGGGGUGGAGCUCUGACUCAAGGUAACAAAACACCUGUUCAGCAACUUCUGACACUCUUCAAGGCUGUAAAUAUGUUUCAGGAGGCACCAGCAACUGUGGAGCCCAAUAUCCAGGUGCCAUCCACAGCACCUGCUUUCAAUGCAGCAGCAGUUCCAAUGGCAUCAAGCUCUGCCUUCCCUCAGUGUUUGAGCAGCAAAGGAAGCCCCUUGGAAAAUGAAGAAAGAAAACAGAUGAUGGGCUCUGUAGCCCCAAGCAACACUGAUGCUAAGCAGGAAGAAAUGUUACCAUACCACCUGCUCACUGUAAGAAUCAUAAAGUUGAGAAAUGCUCAUCAAUCAGACUUUUUAAGCCAAUCUGAUUGCUAUGUGAGCCUCUGGUUGCCAACUGCUUCAGAUGAAAAAUUACACACCAAAACCAUCAAAAACUGUAGAAAUCCUGUGUGGAAUGAAACCUUCUACUUUCGGAUACAGAGGCAAGUCAAGAAUGUUCUGGAAAUUACUGUUUCUGAUGCUGACCUAAUUCGUGAUGAUGACCAAGCAAUUGUGCUUUUUGAUGUAGCUAAAAUCCCCCUUGGGGAAAGAGUGUUCACAGCAUUCCCACUAAAUCCACAGAGGAGGGAAGAGCUGGAGGUUGAGUUUGAAUUGGAGAAAAUCCGGGGUCCUCCUGAAGCCAUCCUCACAAAUGGGGCAAUAGUGUGUCGUGAAGUAGCCUGCUUGGAAGUGUACUUGGAGAGCAGGAUGAAAAAGAAGCACUUUUCAGAGAAUGAGCUGACAUUGACACUGAGAGGAUCAUUUGAAGAAACUCAGAGAGUUCCACUGGGCUGUGACUCCCAUCUUCCAGAUGCUGCUUGCUUCCACUAUGCCAAAUACAAGCAACCAUCCCUGGAUGUUGUGCUCACAAAGAGCAGGAGACUUCCCAGCUGUUGUUCUUGUGUGUCAUGUGGAGCAAGAAGGAGCAGAGGCAUCCCCCUGACUCUCCCUCUGAAGUCCCUGCCCUGGGAGCAGGAGGUGGUUGGUCAGCACAGAAAAUUUGAUUUGCACUUUAAGGUGAAAAAAUGCCAGGAAGACCUCGAUGUCCGCCUGGGGUUUGAGCUGUGUGCCCAGGAACAGGAUUUCAUUCUCAAGAGGAAGAAGGUGGCUGCAGCUGCUCUGAAGGACAUUCUGCAUCUGGAGGAGGACUUGGAGGACCAGGAGGUACCUGUGGUGGCAAUCAUGACAACAGGUGGUGGAACCAGAGCUCUGACAGCCAUGUAUGCUCACCUGCUCAGUGUGCAGGAACUGAAUGUCUUGGACUGUGUCUCAUACAUCACUGGUUUAUCUGGCACAACAUGGACCAUGUCAAACUUGUAUGAAGAUCCUGACUGGUCCCAGAAGGACCUCAAGGAAACACUCAAAGAUGCCCGAAAGCAUGUGCUAAAAAAUAAAUUCCUCACUUGUUUUGCCCCUGAUCGUCUGAAAUACUAUUUGAAAGAGUUGUUCCAGAGGAAACAGGAGGGACAUCAGAUGUGUUUCACAGAUCUCUGGGGACUCAUCAUUGAAACCAUGUUACAUGAAAAGGAGGACUGCCAUAAGCUCACGGAUCAGCAGCUGGCACUCAGCCAGGGUCAGAAUCCCCUGCCCAUCUACCUCUCUCUCAAUGUGAAGGAUAAAAUCAGCGACCAGGAUUUUAGAGAAUGGGUGGAAUUCACCCCUUAUGAGGUAGGAUUUCCAAAAUACGGUGCCUAUAUUCGUGCAGAAGAUUUUGGUAGUGAGUUCUUCAUGGGUCGCCUGAUGAAGAAAGUUCCAGAAUCCAGAAUCUGCUUUUUAGAAGGGAUCUGGAGCAGUGUGUUUUCCUUGAAUCUUAUGGAUGCUUGGUAUAUAUCUGUUAAUUCAGAAGAGUUCUGGCACAAGUGGACUCGAGACAAAAUUACUGAAAUAGAUGAUGAAACCUUAUUUCCUGCAAGACCAAGUGAGCUGGACACUCGAAUGGUUUGUCCCACUGACAGCUUUUCAGACAUUUUCCGAGAUGUUGCCAUGUUACGUCCAGCAGCUUCAGAAAUCCAUAACUUCCUGAAGGGCUUUCAGAUGGACAACAACUACCUAGAGAGCAAGUUUUCCAAAUGGAAAGACUGUGAGAUGGACUCUCAGCCCAACCACCUGACAGCAGCAACAGACUCCCUCAUCCUGAUUGACACAGCAUUUGCUUUUGCUACCAGUUACCCACCCCUCAUGAGGCCAGAAAGGAAAGUGGAUGUCAUUUUGCAUUUCAACUACAGUUCAGGUUCCCAAACAGGGCCCCUGAAAGAAGCUUCUAAAUACUUUGCAAAACAGGGAAUUCCUUUCCCUACAAAGGUGCCAGAUGAUCAGGAAACUCCAAAUCUGAAGGAAUGUUACAUCGUUGGUGACAAGGAGAGUCCAGAAACACCUAUUGUGGUAUUUUUCCCUCUAGUAAAUGACACCUUCAGGAACUACAAAGCACCUGGUGUGAAACGCAGCCCCUCAGAGAUGGCAGAGGGUGAUGUUGAUGUUGCCAAUACCUGCGGUCCGUAUUACAUCAACAACCUGAGUUAUUCAGAGGAAAAUUUUGACAAACUGGUCAACCUGAGUUACUACAAUGUCCAUAAUAAUAAAGAUCUGAUUUUUCAGGCCUUGCGGACUGCUGUGGAGAGGAAAAAGCAACUUAAGAGUGAGCAACCACUGAGAAAACCACCCCAUGGGGAUGGGGUGUGUGUAGGUGAUAGAGAGGGAACCCAGCAUUUGGCCAACUGUACAGCACUGGGGCAUAUGAAAUAAA